AUGUCCUGUAAGAUGGAACGUAAAGCUGGAGGUCCAGUUCCCCCAGGCCUUAAACCAGCAAGGAGUAGUUCUCCUAAGACCCCUGCUGCAACAACAUCACCAUCAGCACAGAAGACCCCCUCAGCAACAACGAAGACCCCCUCCCCAGCCCCAAACCCCCCCUCCCCGGCCCAGAAGGCCCCCUCGUCUGCGUCUAAGUCCAUGGACGGGGAGCUGGCCAAGGCCAUUAAGGAGUUCUUCAGCGGCCUGAAGCCGGCGCUGCAGACUCUCAGGGAGCUCAAGGACACGUCGGGACAGACGAGCGCAGGUGACCUGCGGGUUGCCAUGGCAACGAACGCCCAGCUGGUGCAGAAACUGGAUGAGGACCUGUCCUCCAGCCUCACCAGCCUCAAGGCCAACGUCGUCGCCGCCGUCAAGAGGAAAAAGGAAGGUGCCGAGCAGCAGUCAUGACACAGGAGGGACUGCAACUCUGAAGUGUAACUAGUGUUUUAUAGUGUUAUAACGGAAAUGAAGAGAAACCUACAGUGGGGGUCACUGGAAGACAGACGUAGAAUGUCCAGACUGUGCAUGAUGUACAAAAUGACAAAUAAAC